GAGAGGGAGAGGAGAGAGGGAGAGGAGAGAGGGAGAGAGGCUCUAAUACCUAACUUUCAAGCUAGACUGUUGGAGCAGACCACUCAUUCACUGAGUUUCGGCAUUUUCGAUCCAGUUGCAUUACAAAUCGAGCCAAACUUGAUUAAGCGCAGUGCAUUGCAUUGCACAGUCACCAGGGUUCGGGUCAGCUCAACUCAGCUCCCGGGGCGGGGGAGACACUGCAUGCCACAUGUGAGUGCAGGCUGACUCAACUUUGCAGUCGACUGAUGUUACAGUGAGCGAGGGCCAGGGCCGGUGUUUAUCUGUCUGGAGAAGCGGAGUCGACUCGACCGUACCAUGGAACCUGUGUGUUUACAACGUUGUAGAAAGGGACCGGGCAGGUCUCUAUGUGGUGUGACAUACCGUAUACAUACAACCACCCAGUCGAUAUAACUUAGGUAUAACCGAAUGGCAUGAGUGAGUGGUUGGUUGGUUGAUUGAUUGAUUGUACUCUUCUUUGCUCUCUUUUGGACUUGCAAACGCCCUGAACCGAACCAGGUGUUGGCAAUAAUAUCUACUUUCAAUUCCCUGACGAGCCGGCCGGUCGUGGAAAUCCUGUGUACUAGUGAGUCGGUGGGUGGUUCUGGUUCAGCUGGUAAGAGGAGAUUAAUUCGAUACUUUGAUCGUCCAUACCAUACCAUACCAUCAACAUUGUUGGUGUCACCACACACCGCACACCUCCACCACGAUCACCAUCAGAACGUCCCAUUGUUGGAAGACCGCGGUCGGCUCGGGCUUCGUCACCCGUGGCCGCUUGGUAGAGGAAGCAAGAACAGGGACAACGACAACAGCAUCGACGCGAUCAUAUCUGUUUCGUGCAGAUCUGGUCCCUACCGCCACAGUCUCCACAGCAUCGUCCAGCGUGGGUUUCAGGCAGCAGGAGCGACGUUUCACCACAUUUCCCUCUCUUGCGCAUGCAAUGUCGAAGCACUACGACGCCAUUGUCAUCGGGUCCGGACAGGGCGGCGGCCCACUAGCCCAGGCGCUCGCCAAAGCAGGACGCCACACGGCCCUGAUCGAAGCGCACCAUGUGGGCGGGACAUGUAUCAACGAAGGAUGCACGCCGACCAAGACCAUGGUGGCAAGCGCCAAAGUCGCGGCUCUGGCGCGUCGAGCAGGGGAUUAUGGGGUGCGGAUCCAAAGCAAUAAUAGCGUGACGCUGAACAUGCAAAAGGUCAGAAGGAGGAAACGGGAUAUUGUCGACAGUUUUCGUCGGGGCAGUGAAGCACGAAUUACCGCGACGGAGGGGUUGGAUCUGAUAUGGGGCACGGCACGGUUCGUGGGGGCAAAGGAAGUUGAAGUGGUGCUGAAUGCAACAACACCAAACACGACUUCAGACGAUUCAGGUAGCAGCAACGUCUCCUCACCUACAUAUAUUCUCUCUCUUACCGGCGACCAGAUCUUCAUCAAUGCUGGCUGCUCGCCGGCGCCGCUGGUGGUGACGAAACCCGACAGCGACGACACCAUUGCGCAGCAAGACGGUUCCGUGGGCAACAACAUCCUCAACUCCACCAGCAUCAUGGAACUCGCCGAGGUGCCGCACCAUCUCGUCGUGCUUGGCGGCGGCGCCGUCGGAUGCGAAUUUGCGCAGAUGAUGCGUCGCUUCGGGGCGCGUGUCUCUCUCGUCCAGCGUGCUCCGCAACUGUUGCCUAAUGAAGACGCCGACGUGGCGGCCGAAAUGCUCAAGAUUUUUGUUGAUGAUGGCAUCGAGGUGUAUCUGGGUGCGCAAACACGACACGUUUCUCACAUAGCUCCAGACCAAAUCGUCGUGGAGGUGGAGAUUCAGCAGCAACAGAACAACAAAGACGACGGCCAAGUCAAGAAAGUUGAUGCCGAUACCGCUGGCAGUGGCGCCAGAGACGAAGAUAAGACCGGAGGAGAUGAACAGAAGGGAGUACCAAUCAUCAAGUCCCUCCUCGCCUCCCACGUCCUCGUCGCAACAGGCCGGCUUCCAAACACUGCAUCGCUAAACCUGGGUGCUGCCGGCAUCGAAGUCGACGCACGCGGCUUCAUCAAAGUUGACGAAUACCUCCGUACAACGGCGGCAGAUGUCUAUGCCCUAGGAGACAUCAAAGGUGGCCCUGCGCAGACUCACGUUUCGUACGACGAUUACCGCGUACUGAGGGACAAUUUGAUCAACAAGUCCACAGUGGCCGACGACGGCGGUACUGCUACUUCCAGAACGGCAGCCAACCGAUUAAUCCCAUAUACAAUCUUCACCGACCCCCAGUUAGGCCGCGUCGGGCUCACAGAAAAGGCGGCUCGGGCACGCGCCCAGAGCAACGGCCAAAAGAUCAAAGUGGCCAAAAUGCCCAUGGCAUAUGUGGCGCGGGCGCUGGAAAUGGAUGAAUCGCUGGGACUCAUGAAGGCAGUCGUUGACGCCGAGUCCAGACAUAUUCUGGGGUUCGCGUGCUUGGGCGUCGAGGGCGGCGAGACCAUGAGUAUGGUCCAGCUUGCCAUGAUGGGAGGUUUGACUUAUGGCAAGUUGGAAAAUGCAAUCUUUGCUCACCCUUGUUUGUCGGAGAGCUUGAACAAUCUUUGGGGGUUCUUGGAAUGAAAGUUAAGGUGCAGUAAUCGGUGCCAGUGGUGCCACGGCAUUGGCGGUCCUCGAACCGAGAUCUGGCUGGCAUCGUGUACCCCUGUCCUGUCAGAAACAGCGAACAAACGUUUAUCUUGAUGAUGAUGGUUGAGUCAAUUGAUACAGUACGUUGAUUUUGUCUGUAGUCUCAGUCAGGGUGCUGUUUGAUGGCCAGGCAGCCCUUUUUUUCCCUCUUUUGCUGGCGCCGAGUCCGUCAAUGGCCCGGCCAGGCAGGCAGCUCCCUGUGGGACAGUGGGUUGAUACAGUACUGGGCCUGUGCCAUGGAGGAAACGCCGCGUGUCUGGUGUAGCUGUUGAACUCGAAUGGAAGCUGAUCAAAUUAAAGAAAUCAACCGUAAUUUUAUGACUGUGUUAUAGCGCGGAUGAUGAUUAUUACUUUUAUGCUUCAAGCGAUCGUGUGAUGUGGAUGGAAAACUUGCAGGUUGUGUCCUGUUUCAAUUAUCAUUAUUGCCAACUCAGACCUGGCAGGCAAGCUCGCUAUGACAUUUUUCUUCUGAUCAGACAUAAACUCGACAUCUUUGUGCCAGUACCGGAAACUUGUGCGGUUCAUCCAGGGAUGUUCCC